CAGCAACUCUGCUGUGUUUUUUUUACCAUUUUCACCACCAGUUUCUGUGCGGCCGUUUACAGUCCCCGUGGACGCUGAGAUGGGAAUAAACUGCAGUACCUCUCCAAAGACCAUAGACUGUCUGUACGACACCGCCAGCCAUGCAGGCCUGGUUCCUGACGCCUCCCUGGACGCCUCCCUGGCCUCUCUGCUGUCCCUGAACUCCUCCUGGGCUCUGGAGCAGCAGUACUCUGCCCUGCAGAGCCGUAUGACCCAGCAGCAAAGCUUCGCCUUCAACCGCGACCUCCACACCCUCUUUGGAGGAAACACCACGGUGAGGUAUGGGGCCGUGGGUGUUGUUGCACUAGCUCUCUCGGUCCUGUUUGAGAUGCUAGCCCAUCACCAGACCGCCGGGUCGGGCUCGAGGAGCGCUGAGGCCCAACCCCCACCACCAGACCCCAUACGCAGAAUGUUUGGGCUUGACGCCGGGUCGGACAUCAGCUCCAUUGCCAGCGAGUUUCUCAAACAGGUUCCUGGUGCAGCCGGUGACCAGGACAAGAUGGCAGCACUAUUGGAGAGCUCUGAGAGAAAGCUGAGAUCCGAGCUGACGGAUUUCUACGGCAGGAUGCUGUUACCGGACAGGAGCGCUCUCAGCUCUGUUGGGGUCAAGCAAUGGCUGAACGGAGCUGCUCUCCACGUCCACAUCAUCCUCCACUGGAAGCGUCUGACCGACCCAUCAGCAGGACACGACUUAAAUCUGGACUACCAUCACAGUGUUGACCCACUGCUUAAGACCUACAGAGAGUAUCUGGUCAAAUCGGUUAAAGUGUUUCCGCCCACGAGUCCCGGUCCCAGCGGGAUGCUGAUAGUGGAGCCUCUAAGAAAUGUGAGCCACGGCGUUCCCCAUAGAGUCUGCGAACGCAGGGCCAUCCAGCGGACUCUGGUGGACCGCUUCCUGUCGGACCAGAACCUGCAGAAGGGAAACGAGUUCUUUCAGAGCUCCCGCAAGCACCGUGAUGCUCUAAUAGCACAGCGAGGACACUUUCAGCUGAGCACGGCGUGAGAACAACGACUGGCCGAGGCUUUAGAGUGCUGCAGGGAUGAAGUGUUUUUGUAGAACAACCCCGGAAGUUAGCAUCCACGACAGAAAGCCGAUGGGAUUCUUUCAUCUGAUUUGGGAUUAUUGCAAACACAAGUAUAUGAUACUUGUAUGUUUUGUUCAACAAGAUAACCUUCACAAAUGAACACCACAUUUAUGACUUUAGAAACGUGAAUGCAAUCGGCAGAAGUAAAAAGCGUCAACGAAAUACGUCAGGGUCACAUGAAAGCGAGUAUACACAACAAUGCUGUAAAGGCGGACUAGUCGGCGUACCGUCUUUUUGUCUUAUUUAGCCACUUUUUUAAGACACUUAAAAGCUUCAAAAUUCAAGAGAGGGGAUUUCUUAACCUUUAUAUUGUAGAACAAAAUGUUAAAAUGUCUUAACGUUGUGUUAUUUCAGGUAUCAGACCAAAAACCAGUUUACUUCAAGACGAGGGAACCGAAAGUUCAAAAAUGCUGACUCAUUUCCGGGUCUUAGGACUCAUUCCUGCAGCAUUUGAUUAGACCAUUUGACCUGGGUUGGGUCUCAGUUCCUCAGAACUCAGUGGACAAGUGUCGACCUCCUUAGUCCAUUGAUAAUUGUGGUAAUGCCGAAAGCGCCCUGUUCAAAGGUUGAGCCUGUAUGGAAUAAAACACUGUUAUUUGCUA